CCAAAACACGGUGAACUGGGUCAAAGUCUACAUGACGACUUGCAUGUGUCACAGCAGUUGUUUGUUUACCGGAAAAUCGGUGACCGAGAUGCAAAUGAUUUCUUCGAGUUAGCACGUUUUGUUCAUAGGCGGCCCGUUCCUUUCCAACACAGUCAGGGUCACAGUCUGACCUGAUCUACAGAAUUAGUUCGAACGCGGUAACCUCACGGGUUCGAUCGGAUAUAGAUCUUUCAAUGUUUGUUUUGAUUUCCAUCCGUGUGGCUUCUUCUCAGAAACAUUUUGGAAGGACUUGAUUCCACUGAGUUAUUUACACUUUUAAUUCUCAGAGAUGAAGUUGUCACGCAUAUUUUUUUCCAAUGUCAUGUCUGGACUGAGGUGGGCAUCUUUUGAAAAGUACGCCACUUUCAACCCAUCACCACUUUCAUUGAAACAACUACUGGAGUUCGGUAGCAAGACAGGGAGUCAAGAGCUCUCGUUUAACUUCCUGCGCAAUGAGCUUCCUGUUAGGAUGGCUAACAUUAUGAAGGAGAUCAACCAUCUUCCUGAGAACCUUCUGCAGAUGCCUUCAGUCUCUCUUGUCAUGAGUUGGUAUGAACAGAGUUUUAAGGAACUACUUCACUUUGAAGAAAACAACACAAGUGACAAGACCCUUACUGACUUCACUGACACACUUACACAUAUACGGAAUCGUCACGCCAACGUGGUGGAAACCAUGGCUCAGGGCAUCAUUGAGCUGAAGGAGACAUAUGGCGUGGAUGGCAACACCAACAACCGCAUCCAGUAUUUCCUGGACCGAUUCUACAUGAGCAGGAUUAGCAUCCGGAUGCUCAUCAAUCAGCACACUCUGUUGUUUGGCUCUCAACUUGCCCACCCACGGCAUAUAGGCUGCAUCGACCCCAGCUGUAAUGUGUUGGACGUUGUGCAGGAUGCGUAUGAGAAUGCUCGAUUUCUCUGUGACCAGUACUACCUCAUCUCACCCGAAGUGGACAUUAUAACAAAAAAUCCACUGGAGAAAGAGUCCACAAUCAAUAUGGUGUAUGUACCUUCUCACCUCUAUCACAUGCUGUUCGAACUGUUUAAGAAUGCCAUGCGAGCUGUGGUGGAACACAGCCCUCCGGACGGUGAUGUACCCAAACUGAAUGUAAUGAUAUCCAAGGGAAGUGAAGAUCUGACAAUCAGACUGUCGGACGUGGGUGGGGGAGUGCCCAGGUCUAAGGUUGAUCAACUGUUCCAGUAUAUGUACUCCACUGCUCCCCAGCCUGACCGCUCUGGGGAUGGGUCAGCACCACUGGCUGGCUAUGGGUACGGCCUGCCCCUGUCCAGGCUUUACGCGCGAUACUUCCAGGGCGACUUAGUACUCAACUCGGUCGAGGGAUACGGAACUGAUGCUGUCAUUUAUCUUAAAGUGUUAUCAGAUGAAGCCAAUGAACACCUCCCAGUGUACAACAAAACUGCCUCUAAAGUGUAUGAGACUGAUAUUCCCAUCCAUGACUGGAGUUCCCCCUGGUCCCCAGGUGGGGGAUCGGCCUCAAGAACAUACACCACAUGGGCUCGCAGUCUGUCCUGAUCUCAGCUGCAGGGUAGGAUACACUGGCAGAAGAACAGAACUGCCUGCAGGAACGAUCUCUUGGUUGUGACUCGGUCACUAGCUUGACAUGAUGCUUCUUUCACUGGCGAUAAGUCUUUAUGAGUAGGUAGUAGCUGGUGAUGCUAGAGUGUAAUAACAUUAUUGUUUCAUUUCUGAGUCUGAUAGGUGUACAGUCCCUUCAUAGAUGUUCACUCAACACUAUUGGAUAUGUAUUGUGAUGGAAAAGAACAGCUGGAUCAGUGUGUUUUUUAUGCAGAUGGUUUGGGAAGUAACAAAUCAGCUUGUAGAAAUCCUCAAAUAUAUUUUGUGAAUUGGAUUUUUAAAAUGAAAUGGUGUCCCAAUGAA